AUGAAACGGGUAUCUGUAUAUAGAAACAAAGAGGAAAAAGAUGGAAAACUUAUGGCCGUGGAAGACACGAUUAAAGAUUUCAAAAAAGCAAUAUCAUCGGAAUUCGAUUUAACCGAAGAUGAUAUAAAAUUGUAUUCAUCCAAUGGCUGUGAAAUUAACGAUAUAAGAGUGAUAAGAGACGACGAAAAACUGUAUUUGUCUUCAGACAUCUGUGAUAUUGCAAAAAGGGCGGGGAACAUGCAAAUAUACGAUGAAAAAAACGAGAUAUCGGAUUGGAUUAAAUUAAACGUCGGUGGGAAACACUUUAUGACUUCAAGGUCUACACUUCUGGCAAAAGAACCCUUGUCAAUGCUAGCCAGAAUGUUUGCUGAUGAUAAUAACGUCUACUUAAUGAAUCCCAGUGCUAAAGAUUCUACUGGGGCGUACUUAAUUGACAGGAGUCCAGAAUAUUUUGAACCUAUAUUAAACUAUUUAAGACAUGGUGAUGUUAUUUUAGACAAGAAUGUUAAUCCUAGAGGGGUCUUGGAAGAAGCAGUGUUUUAUGGUUUAGACUCAAUGAUACCACAAUUAAAUCAUUUAGUUGACAAAUCAAUGAGCAGUAGCGGCAACAAUCAAUCUUUGACUCGUAUGGAUGUAAUAAGACUCGUCAUAAUGACACCGACCACAUCUGAGCUGCGGUUCCAAGGUGUGAACUUAGCUGGUGCAGAUCUCAAUAGAUUGGACUUGAGAUAUAUAAAUUUUAAGUAUGCCUGUCUGUCAAAAUGCAAUCUGAGUGGUGCUAAUCUAUCGCAUUGUUGUCUUGAGAGAGCUGAUUUGUCACAUGCUAACUUAGAAGGAGCACAAUUAUUAGGUGUGAAGGCAUUAUGUGCUAAUAUGGAAGGUGCUAAUCUCAAAGGUUGUAAUAUGGAAGAUCCUGUGGGUUCUAGAGCUGUGAUGGAAGGAGUUAAUCUAAAAGGUGCAAAUUUGGAAGGUAGCAACAUGGCUGGUGUGAAUUUAAGGGUGGCAACACUAAAAAAUGCUAAUCUACAAAAUUGUGAUCUAAGAAUGGCUGUUUUGGCUGGAGCGGAUUUAGAGUGCUGUGAUUUAUCUGGCAGUGAUCUCCACGAAGCGAAUCUAAGGGGCGCCAAUUUAAAAGACGCGGCAUUUGAACUAAUGCUGACACCCUUACAUAUGUCACAGACUAUACGUUAG